AUGAAGCAAUCAAAAACCCUUCUGCUGGUAAUAGCCACGCUAGUAGUGUGCUUAGCUGAAGCGAUAGAAAAAUGUCCGAACCAGUACGACCCUGCUCAUCCUGUUUAUUUUCCUCACGAGGAUUGCACCAGGUAUUACGUUUGCGGCGUGGAAGGCGCAACCAUUGAGCAAAGUUGUGCCCCUGGUCUACAUUGGAAUCAGCAAAUGGAAUACUGUGAUUAUCCUGAACAGGCAGAAUGUGAUUCGACGGAAGAAACCACUACCGUUGAAGUGACAACGGCAAGCACCACGGAUUUACCAACAACAUCAACUAAUGGGCCUUCAACAACGACUACUAAAUCAACGACAACAACCGUGGAACCGUUGACAACAACCUCUGCGCCAUCAACUACAACUACUGGGUCUUCAACUACGUCUGAGGAACCAUCGACAACAUCCACUGAAUCAUCGACAGUAACUUCUGUACCUUCGACUACAACUACUGGGUCCUCAACUACGACUGAAGAGCCAUCAACAACGUCUACUGAGCCACCGACAACAUCCACCGAGCCUCCGACUACAGCUACUGGAACCUCAACAACCGUUUCUAGCCCGUUGACAACAACCACUGAGUCAACGACAACGUCCACUACAGCUUCUUCCACGGAAGCCUCGACAUCAGGUCAACCUCCAGUUUGUCCUCCACAGGAGAACGAUAACGCUUACUUUCCACAUGAAAGUGACUGCACAAAGUACUACCUCUGUUCGCACGGAGUAGCGAUCGAAAUGAGCUGUGCCGAGGGAACUUUCUGGAAUGCCGAGGCAAACGUUUGUGACAUUCCGGGCCACUCCGGUUGCGUGCCUUCCUUGAUAGAGAGCCGGAAUGGCACUUGCCGUAUCAAGAGUUCCUCUCCACUGCACUCGGCUCUGGAUUACUCGUCGACAAUUCGUCGAGCGUCGAGUCGUCACACGCAAGUCGGCUUCAACCUGGUCGAGCCAUCUAGGACGUUGAGCUCCUCUAUUCCUAGUGCCGGUGGGGUUCUUGAAGAGAACGGAUUUCACUGGACCGUCGUUCAGCAUCCUUGCGACGUGGCCGACCCUCUGUAG